GUAAAAAGCUAUUUUAAUUUGUUUCGUCAGAGACCCUUAACGAUACCGUCUGUCUGAAUUUUUUUUUUUACCUUACCCCUCAACACGGCUUGCUUUUGUCUGUACACAUAGAAACACAUUUCCCACAACCCCUUCACACAAAAAAAAUCAUCCUCGAAUGAGAAGUAUCAAAUCUGUAGUAGUUGGAGAUGGUGGAGUUGGUAAAACUUGUCUUUUAAUAUCAUACACCACAAACACCUUCCCAAAUGACUACAUUCCAACUGUCUUUGACAACUACUCUGCAUCCGUCAUGAUCGAUGGGGAACCCAUAAAGCUUGGUCUUUGGGAUACUGCCGGCCAGGCUGAGUAUGAUAGAUUAAGACCUUUGUCUUACCCACAAACAGAAAUUUUCCUUUGUUGCUUUUCAGUAAUAAGUCCUGCUUCUUUCUCCAACAUUAGUAGCAAAUGGAUACCGGAGAUCUAUCAUCAUUGUCCAAAGGACAUUCUUGUGUUGCUUGUAGGAACCAAGACCGAUUUAAGAGAUGAGCCUCAUGUAUUGGAUGAAUUGACUGAUAAGGGUCUUAAACCAAUCACUUAUCAACAAGGGGUUAAGUUGGCCAAGGAGUUGGGUGCUGUUGAUUAUUUGGAAUGUUCUGCAGCCACUCAAGUUGGUGUUAAGGAGAUUUUCGACUAUGCUAUUCGUGCAGUUUUAGAACCAGUUAAGGCUGAAGAAGAAUAUACUAAAGCUUCUGAUUCAACCACUGGUGGGCAUAACUCCGCGGCAUUUGGCAACAACAAUGCAUCCUCCAAUAAAAAGAAUGCUUCUGGUCUCAAUAAUCUUUCUCUGAGAAAGAGAAGAGUCAAGAAGGCUAAAAAAUGUACAAUUUUGUAAAGAAAGGAUAUCUUAAUCAACUUUGUUUUACAAUACCAUUGACUCCUUUAUCCACUCGCUUUUGAUUUCCAAACUGACGGAUUGGUUAUAUUCACAGGAUCUAUUAUAGGCGAUAUCAUUCAUUACCAAUAUUGAUA